AAAAAAAAAAUCCAAAUCCAAUCGCAUCGCAGGCAGGAGCGAAGCAGAGCCAGACCGGAUCGAACAACAACCAACACUCCCCGCUCCUCCUCCUCCUCCUCCUCCUCGUUGCUGCGUCGCGUCGUCGGCGUGGUCUUCCUCCUCUCAAAAAUCCCCCACAUCCACUUUGACCCCAGAGCACUUCACUUCGCACUUCCAUCGCAACCGCGUCGCGUCCAAUCCCCCACCAGCCAAGCCAACCACUGCUCUUCUCUUCUCCGCUCCCCUCUACAGUUGUGCCUUGGAUAUCUCUUCCUCAUUGUGGGUCAGUUCUCCUAAGAGGUAUGCAUGACAGCCCCUGUGGCUCUUCCAAAUGAGCUAGAAGGGGUCUCCCAUUCUGCAAGGGUUGAGCUUUUCCGAGACGUUAGUUGCAAUAUUGAAACGGAGGUGUUAGCCACUUUAUCAAAUGGCCAAGAUUCACACGCUUCUGGAACAAAUCCUGGAUUCAGAGUUGGAGAGAUUAGGCUUCCCAAUGGAGAUAUUUAUUCCGGCACAUUAUUGGGAAACACACCAGAGGGUUCAGGUCGGUAUCUCUGGUCAGAUGGUUGCAUAUAUGAGGGUGAGUGGAGGAGAGGGAUGAGGCAUGGGCAGGGGAAGACGCUAUGGCCAUCCGGAGCCACCUAUGCGGGCGAGUAUUCUGGUGGCUACAUAUAUGGUGAAGGCACCUAUACUGGACAGGAUAACAUCAUUUACAAGGGACGGUGGAAGUUGAAUCGUAAGCAUGGGCUAGGAUGUCAGACGUAUCCAAAUGGAGACAUGUUUGAAGGUUCGUGGAUUCAGGGACAAAUAGAAGGUCAUGGGAAGUACACAUGGGCAAAUGGGGACACUUAUGUUGGCAAUAUGAAAAAUGGCAAGAUGUCAGGGAAAGGAACUCUUACUUGGAAAAAUGGGGACUCAUAUGAAGGUAACUGGUUAGAUGGUAUGAUGCACGGUUAUGGAAUCUAUACAUGGAAUGAAUGCGGGUAUUAUGUUGGAACAUGGACCAGGGGACUGAAGGAUGGGAAAGGCACAUUCUAUCCGAAAGGUUGCAGAGUUCCUGUUAAUGAUGAGCUAUAUAUCAAUAGUCUAAGAAAUCGAGGUGUGCUGCCUGAUAUUAGAAGGCAGAAUCAUGGUUCGCGAAUACUUUACUCUUCCUCAGUUGACAUGGGUAACAUGAAGGUUGGCAUGGAUAGGCAAUCUUCAGAUGUUUCAGUUUCAUCUAAAAUGAACUCAAGUGACCAACCCCAUUUGAAGAAUGUGUCUUUGGAAAGACGGUGGAGUCUUGAGGUGGCUAUUGAAAAAUUCAUUGGUCAUGAAUCAAGUGAAAGCUCUGGUCUAGAAAGCUUUGAAAACUUGGAUGAUUCUCGUUUGCCUAUACUGGAAAGGGAAUACAUGCAAGGUGUUCUAAUCAGCGAGGUAGUACUUGAUAGGAGUUUUUCAGACUCGUCAAAGAAGGCAAAACGCCGUCAGAAGAAAAUUGUGAGAGACACAAAAAAGCCUGGAGAGACAAUAAUCAAGGGGCACAUAAGCUAUGAUCUGAUGCUCAGUCUGCAGCUUGGAAUCAGGUACACGGUUGGGAAGAUUACACCCAUUCAAAAACGUGAAGUUCGUGCUUCAGAUUUUGGACCAAGAGCAAGUUUCUGGAUGAACUUCCCAAAAGAAGGAUCUCGACUUACUCCUUCACAUUCGGCGGAAGAUUUUAAAUGGAAGGACUACUGUCCCAUGGUUUUCAGGAAUUUGAGAGAGAUGUUCAAGAUUGAUGCUGCCGAUUAUAUGAUUUCUAUAUGCGGAAAUUCUGCUCUUAGGGAGCUAUCUUCUCCUGGAAAGAGUGGAAGCGUCUUUUUCCUGUCACAAGAUGAUAGAUUCAUGAUCAAAACUCUCCGGAAAUCUGAAGUGCAGGUUCUCUUACGAAUGCUUCCAAACUAUUAUCAUCAUGUCCGUACAUAUGAGAACACCCUCAUAACUAAGUUUUUUGGCCUCCACAGGGUGAAACCUUCUAGUGGUCAAAAGUUCCGGUUUGUUGUAAUGGGGAACAUGUUCUGUACCGAAUUGAGAAUUCACCGGAGGUUUGACUUGAAAGGCUCGUCUUUAGGCCGCUCUACUGACAAAAUCGAAAUUGAUGAGAACACAACUCUGAAGGAUUUGGAUCUUAACUAUUCCUUUUAUCUUGAACCUUCCUGGCGUGAGGCUUUACUUAAGCAGAUCAAAACAGACAGCGAAUUUCUAAGGACACAGCGGAUAAUGGAUUACAGCCUAUUGCUUGGUGUCCAUUAUAGAGCUCCCCAGCACUUACGGACACGUGCAUCCUAUAGCCGGAGUAUGGCAGCAGAUAGAUUGACUGUUGUUUCAGAAGAAGAUGCUCAGGAAGAUGAUGCCUUUAACUAUCCAGAAGGAUUAGUGUUGGUUCAAAGCAGUGGUGAAAACAGUGUGGUUGUUGGUCCUCACAUAAGGGGCAGCCGUUUGCGAGCAUCAGCUGCUGGAUUUGGGGAAGUAGAUCUCCUACUUCCUGGUACAGCCAGGCUUCAGAUCCAGCUAGGAGUUAACAUGCCAGCAAGGGCAGAACAAAUCCCUAAAGCAGACGAAAGCAAAUCAUUUGGCGAGGUGUACGACGUCGUCCUCUACCUAGGCAUCAUCGACAUUUUGCAAGAGUACAACAUGACGAAGAAAAUUGAGCAUGCUGUCAAGUCAAUGCAGUACGACUCCGUCUCUAUCUCCGCUGUUGACCCCCAGUUCUACUCGGAGCGUUUUCUCAAGUUCAUCCAGACUGUAUUCCCUAAAAAUUCAUAGCGUAUCAACCAUUAUUUGCUCGAGAGAUGCCCCACUUCCUGCCGUUUCGUUAAUGAGAUGUUGGCCAAGCAAAUGAAGCGACAGUUCUAAACUGGACCUUGGAAGCAUCCCAACUGCAUUCUGUUCUCUUCAGCGUGUGCCGUCGGUAUUGUCGUCAUGCCUGUUCCUUUUUAGAUGAACUGGCAGGAAGCAAGUAGCAAAUGCCCAAUAACGUGGGAUUCUGCUGGGCAAAUCUUCUCCGUCUUCGCCCCAGCCAGGGGUGAUCGGCUGACUUCCCAGAAUGGAGACGGCACUACACGCACAAGAAAUCAGGAGCCAAAGCACCGGAAUGUGAGAAAUAGAUUCGUUGCGUUUAGAAAAGUGUUUUGUUUUGUUUUGUUUGAUACAUGCUUUUGCCCGACAUGGUCUAUAUAUUUUGGAAGCAAAUACUGCAAGUUGAUGUCUAGCCGUCUAGGUCACACAAGAACCGAACCCUUCUUUCACCGGGAUAAAUGCAAUUGCUACUCCGUCCGUUUCUGGCAUGCAAGCUUUUCUUCAUUGUGUGC